AUGGCUUCCCGAGUUCCCCUUGCUCUCCGUGCGGAGAGCGCGCUGGCAGCCCGAUGCCUUCACACCACCGUCGCUCGAAAAGAUAUUGACAGUGCAGCCAAAUACAUCGGAGCUGGAGCUGCAACUGUAGGAGUCGCUGGAUCUGGAGCUGGUAUUGGAAAUGUGUUUGGUGCUCUCGUUAUCGGAUACGCCCGAAACCCAUCAUUGAAACAGCAACUCUUUUCGUACGCCAUUCUUGGAUUCGCCCUUUCUGAGGCUAUGGGACUUUUCUGCCUCACCAUGGGUUUCAUGAUCUUGUUUGCCCUUUAA